AGCGCUUCCGGACUAGCGGGGGGGCGAGUGGCCUGGCCGCCGUACCGCCGCCUUCGCCCUCAGCGUCUCCCUGCCGCCUCGCAGCGCCGAGGUACCUAUGGCCGCCGCGCGCCAAGCGAGGAAACUUUCUGACUCGACUUGGAGGAAGGCAGGAAGAAGAAAAACCUGCGCUUUUUGCCGAGUUGCAUCAGAGUUGCCUGUCUGUGUACAAACUGCUCAGUACUCAUCUUUACAGUAACCAACAAACAGAAACAAUAAGCUGCAAACCUGAAAAGCACCUCUUUAGAAAGAAAGAUAUGUUCAUUUUGGAUGCAUCUUCUCACAGUCUAAGAAAUUGAUUUUUGUGAAAAAAGAUUUUAUCAUUCUGUGUUUUCAUAAGAGGCAGAAAGGACUCAUAGAACAAGCAUUUUGAAACUCAAGCCUAUACAGCUUGACAGCCCUUGGGUUUUUGUAAUAAAUGCCCCCAUGCAAACUGCAUUUUCCAUCUUAUAACUUCGUCAGAUACAGUGAGUUAAUAGUGAGAUAAUUUCUUCUCAUGAUGGCGCUCUUUUCUCAAACUAGUCAACAGGGUUUUCAUGCUUUGCUAUGGAAAUGUCGUACACUCUGGCCUUUUUCAAGAUACCAACAACUGUUUGCUGUCUCUUUCAACAUCAACAAUAGAGAAAAAGCUAGCUAUUUCAGUUUUAUGACAUCUUCUAGCACUGCAUUACCAGUGGAUCCCAAAGGAACUGAUGUCGUUCAUACCAAGAAAAGGUCUGAAAUUGAUUAUGAAGAAGAAGAAGGAUGGGAUGAAGAUGCUAAAGGAAUACCUGAAGAGAAACUCCACUUUCCUUCCUCUGUUGGAGCUCCGAAGAAACGGUUGAUGAAUCCAGUUCUUUCAAGGCAUAGGUUUACCAACAUACAGCCUCCAGAAAAACCUUUGCAGGCUGAGGAAUGGAACAGGCUGAGGGAAAGCUUUUUGUCACCUAGAAUAUUUGAAGAAGUUAUGUUUAACAGUAUGGUCAGGUGCAACAGCCCCAUUGAUGUAGCUAAGUCCUUGCUGACUCACGUGGCAAAGAGUAAUGGUGACAUUGCAUAUAAUUUGUUGGUCAAAUAUCUGGCAUUGUGUGUCCAGCAGGGGCAGACUUCAGAAAUUUGUGAUGUGUAUGAUAUAAUGAAAACCAGAUUUAAGAUUUUAGAAAGUGGGGCUUACAGCCUUUUUAUCAGAGGGCUGAGUAAUUCAGAUCAAUGGAGAAUGGCCUUGACACUUUUGGAAGAAGUAAAAAAAAUUAUGAUUCCCUCACGGACGAACUAUGAAUCUUGUAUCAAAGCAGCCAGCCGUCACCAAGAAAUGAACCUCGCAUUUGACCUUUACCAUGAAAUGUUGGCUAAGGAUUUGGUCCCAACGUUGGAUGUCCUGCAGGCGUUUUUUGACUUCAGCAGGGGUAUGAAAGGUGCUGAGUUACAAAAAGAGCUGUUUGGUAUCCUCUUAUAUUUGAGAGAGAAUCAAAUAUACCCUCACAGAACAUUUAUGCGGAGUAUAAAGCUAUGGUUUGAAAGUAUACCAGGAGGGAACUGGAGAGGACACCUGACCAACAUUAAAGACAGCGGACGGUGCCCAGUUUGCAAUCAUCAGCUGGAGGAUAGUGACCUGACCGAAGAGGAGUAUAAUAAUCUCAGAGAAAGAAUAAUAAGGGAUGUGAUACAUGGAACUGACACUUUUAGAAAGACAAGCCCGCAGGUAGGUCUUGCAUGCUGUUGGGUUCGUUGGCUAGGAUGGUAAUAUACAAUUAAUGUU